ACGCGCCGUACACAGCGUGGUAACCACGCUGCUCAACACAGCAGGCGCUGUUUCUCCCGGCUCCUGUUGCCGCCACGACUUCUUCUACUUAUCCUCUUCCUCCUCCUCGCUCCUCUUCCUCCACCUCGUCCACCCUCCUCGUCUCUUCCUCUCAAUCUCGUCGCAGGAGCAGAAACGCCCCCGUUGGGCGUCCUGAUUAGCAGCCGCCAGCAUGGACACAGACCUCUAUGAUGAGUUUGGCAAUUACAUCGGGCCGGAGCUGGACUCGGACGACGAGGAGGAUGAUGAGGUCGAACGAGAUGACCAACCAAGAGACGAGGCUGAAGAGGAUGAGGAGGAGGCAGGUGACGGUGAAGAGGAGCCCGUGGGAAUGGAGGUGGUGCUGCAUGAGGAUAAGAAGUACUACCCCACUGCUGAAGAGGUGUACGGACCAGAGGUGGAGACUGUGGUGCAGGAAGAGGACACGCAGCCGCUCACUGAGCCAAUCAUCAAACCCGUGAAAACGAAGAAAUUCAGCAUGGUGGAGCAGGAGCUGCCACCCACAGUCUACGAAAUGGAGUUUUUGGCCGAUCUGAUGGACAGCCCUGACCUCAUCAGGAACAUAGCGGUGUGCGGGCACCUGCAUCACGGAAAGACGUCGUUCGUGGACUGCUUGAUCGAGCAAACGCAUCCUGAAAUCCGCAAGAGAGAUGACAAAGAUCUGCGGUACACCGACACGCUGUUCACGGAGCAAGAGAGAGGGGUGAGCAUCAAGAGCACUCCGGUGACCAUGGUGCUGCCCGACUCGAAAGGGAAAUCCUUCCUCUUCAACAUCAUGGACACGCCGGGGCACGUCAAUUUCUCCGACGAAGCCACGGCCUCCUUCAGGCUGUGCGACGGCGUUGUGCUCUUCAUUGACGCAGCAGAGGGGGUGAUGCUCAACACCGAGCGGCUGAUCAAGCACGCGGUCCAGGAGCGCCUCGCCAUCACCGUGUGCAUCAACAAGAUCGACCGGCUGGUGCUGGAGCUCAAGCUGCCGCCCACCGACGCCUACUUCAAGUUGCGACACAUUGUGGACGAGGUCAACAGCCUGUUGAGCUUGUACUCGGAGAGCGAGGACGGCCUCGUGGUGUCGCCACUGCUGGGCAACGUCUGCUUCGCCAGCUCGGAGUACAGCGUCUGCUUCACGCUCGGCUCCUUCGCCAAGAUCUACUCCGACGUCUACGGCGAUGUCAGUUACCAAGAGUUUGCCAGACGCCUCUGGGGAGACGUUUACUUCAACCCCAAGACGCGGCGCUUCACCAAGAAGCAGCCGGACACCAACGCUCAGCGCAGUUUCGUGGAGUUCGUCCUCGAGCCGGUCUACAAGAUCUUCUCGCAGGUGGUGGGGGACGUGGAUGUGCUGCUUCCACGGACGCUGGAGGAGCUCGGCGUGCAUCUCACGAAGGAAGAGCUCAAGAUGAACAUCCGCCCCCUCCUGCGCCUCGUCUGCAAGCGCUUCUUCGGCGACAUGACCGGGCUGGUGGACAUGUGCGUGGAGCACGUGCCGUCGCCGCAAGCCGGCGCGCGCACCAAGAUUGAGCACACCUACACGGGCCCCCUGGACUCGGAGCUGGCCGACGCCAUGCUGGACUGUGACCCCGACGGGCCUCUCAUGUGCCACACGACCAAGAUGUACAGCACGGAGGACGGCGUGCACUUCCACGCGUUUGGCCGUGUGCUCGGCGGCACGCUGCACGCGGGGCAGGACGCCCGCGUGCUCGGGGAGAACUACACGCUGGAGGACGAGGAGGACUCGCGCAUCUGCGCCGUCGGGCGCCUCUGGAUCUCCGUGGCGAGGUACCGCAUUGAAGUGAGCAGAGUCCCGGCUGGAAACUGGGUGCUCAUCGAAGGCGUGGAUCAGCCCAUUGUGAAGACGGCUACAAUCACAGAGCCCACAGGCACCGACGAGGCCCAGAUCUUCCGACCGCUCAAGUUCAACACGUCGUCUGUCAUCAAGAUUGCCGUCGAGCCCGUGAACCCGUCGGAGCUGCCGAAGAUGUUGGACGGCCUGCGUAAGGUCAACAAGAGUUAUCCCGUCCUCACGACCAAGGUGGAGGAAUCGGGGGAGCACAUCAUCCUGGGCACGGGGGAGCUCUACCUGGACUGCGUGAUGCACGACCUUCGCAAGAUGUACUCCGAGAUCGACAUCAAGGUUGCUGACCCUGUCGUGUCUUUCUGUGAGACCGUGGUGGAGACCUCCUCCUUGAAGUGCUUUGCUGAGACUCCCAACAAGAAGAACAAGAUCACAAUGAUUGCCGAGCCGCUGGAGAAAGGCUUGGCCGAGGACAUCGAGAACGAGGUGGUGCAAAUCACCUGGAACAGGAAGAAGCUCGGAGAGUUUUUCCAGACCAAGUACGACUGGGAUCUGCUCGCCGCCCGGUCCAUCUGGGCCUUCGGCCCCGACACCACUGGGCCCAACAUCCUGGUGGACGACACCCUGCCUUCAGAGGUGGACAAGGCGCUGCUGGGCUCGGUGAAGGACAGCAUCGUGCAGGGCUUUCAGUGGGGCACUCGCGAGGGCCCACUGUGCGAUGAGCCAAUCCGCAAUGUGAAGUUCAAGAUCCUGGACGCGGUCAUCGCCAAUGAGCCGCUGCACCGGGGCGGCGGUCAGAUCAUCCCGACGGCACGCCGGGUUGUCUACUCGGCGUUCCUCAUGGCGACGCCGCGUCUCAUGGAGCCCUACUACUUCGUGGAGGUGCAGGCCCCGGCCGACUGCGUGUCUGCCGUCUACACCGUGCUGGCUCGGCGAAGAGGCCACGUGACUCAGGACGCGCCCAUCCCCGGCUCGCCGCUCUACACCAUCAAGGCUUUCAUCCCCGCCAUCGACUCGUUCGGGUUCGAGACCGACCUUCGGACGCACACGCAGGGGCAGGCCUUCUGCCUGUCCGUGUUCCACCACUGGCAGAUCGUGCCAGGAGAUCCCUUGGACAAGAGCAUUGUGAUCCGUCCACUGGAGCCGCAGCCGGCCCCUCACCUCGCCAGGGAAUUCAUGAUCAAGACUCGUCGCCGAAAGGGGCUGAGCGAGGACGUAAGCAUCAGCAAGUUCUUCGACGACCCCAUGUUGCUGGAGCUGGCCAAACAGGACGUCAUGUUCAACUACCCGAUGUGAUUGGCCGUGGGUAGGCCUACAUGCGGUGCGAAAGAAGUUCAACUUGCGUGCGUGCGGCCCGCGUCAUCCGCCCCCUAAACCGCCCCCCCCCCCCCCGGCCCCUCUUUCCGCCAGACUCGUUUUUUCCCACGGCAGCACAACGGUCGCUCGCUUGUAAAUCGGUGCGUGUCGUUACCGUAGCCGUUGUCGCGCGGUCAUCCGGCGAUGCGAAUUGCCUCGUCAUACGGUAAACCAAACCCCCCCCCCCCCUCCCGUACGUAGCCUCUGAUUCCAGUCCAUCAUCGUUUCGCUCGAUCGCGCAAAGUAGCAACCGCAGUGAAAUAGAUCCACAAGGUGAGCGUAGGUUUAGCCCCUCCGAUUGUUGAUUUGGGGGGCUGUGUUGUAUCGCGUGUUGUGGGCGCCGCGGUGGCUAGGUGAUGUUAACUACCUCGCCUUGUAUACAGGAAGGUCGUGGGUUCGAUCCCGACCCUGACACCUGCUGUAUAUUUGGAGUUUGCGUCUCUCUCUCAUCAUCAUCACGGUGGCUAGGAGAUGUUAACUCUCUCGCCUGGUGUACAGGAGGUCGUGGGUUCAAUCCCAACCCUGCUGUAUAUUUGGAGUUUGCGUGUCUCUCUCUCUCCCCCCUGAUCGCAGUUUUCCCCUCCACAUUUAGAAUCGACGUGCGCUCAGACAUCACGCAUUAUUUAGAUUAUUUGGCUGCGAUAAUUUUCCACACGAUGACGAUGAGCCACUUUGUUGUUGAGCUGCCAUUUGUGAUCGCCAGGUCGCGUCUGCAAGAAGAGCUAUUGUAGCUCAGCGGGCCUCGCCUGGGAAAAUAAAAAUAGUUUCGUUUUUAGUCGUUCUUGCGUGGUGUCGGUUUCUCGAUAAAAGUGCCCGGCGCGUGGAGCGGAACGUCGGACAUCGUGGCCGGAACGACACAACGGCUACGCGGAGCGAUCGAUUCGACUGCCCGGCAUCGUGGACCAAACAUCGGAAGCUGUCGCCGUAAAUACAAAUAGCCGCUGCGUUUACACACACACGUGCGUGCGUGCGUCACCGGCGUUAUUUACCCGCGAGCGGGGGGGGGGUGUCGAACCAGGGAAUUGUGGUGCGGUCAUCGGCUCGGCAAAGGUCGCAAACGGGUUUUGAUUCCUUACCCGUACCCGGCCGCACCAGGGUCGCAAAUGGGUACGGGUACCCGUUCCCUACCCGUACCCUACCCGAAAUGAGUGACAAACAGUUACUCACCAGUGACUCACGGCCUACCCGUACCCGGCCGCACCAGGGUCGCAAACGGCUACCCGUACCCGGCCGGGUAUGGGUAGCCGGGUAUCGGGUAGGGUACGGGUAUCGGGUACCCGGUUGCGACCUUUGCGGCUCGGUCUCGCGCGACGGUCUUUUUUUUACGUUUUGCGCGCCGGUACGCCCCACGUGGGUUGAGGUUUGCGAAGGUGACAUUUGUUGAGCGUUUUUACGCAAUUAAAUGCAUUCUCUUUUUGAGAAACGGAUGCGUUGGAA